AGGUAGCAUUUUGCAUACUCUAAAGCUCUACCCUCAGCUUCUUCCAGAUCUUUCCGAACCGUCGCAUAUCCAGAGGACUCUCACUUUGCAAAUUCUUGGAUCGUCAUUACUUCGCCAGAAUGGCGGACAGAUACUCCUUCUCCCUCACAACUUUCUCGCCUAGCGGCAAGCUCGUUCAGAUAGAAUAUGCCCUAAACGCAGUCAAUCAAGGUGUAACAUCGUUAGGGAUAAAAGCAACGAACGGCAUUGUCCUCGCAACAGAAAAGAAGUCCUCGUCUCCCUUGAUCGAUGCUCCUUCACUCUCGAAAAUCUCCCUGAUAACACCCAACAUUGGAAUGGUCUACAGCGGCAUGGGUCCUGACUACAGAGUCCUGGUCGACAAAGCCCGUAAGGUAUCGCAUACCAACUACAAGCGCAUCUACAACGAAUAUCCACCCACGCGGAUAUUGGUCCAGGACGUUGCGCGGGUGAUGCAAGAAGCGACCCAGUCAGGCGGUGUACGACCGUAUGGUGUAAGCUUGCUAAUAGCCGGAUGGGACGAUGGCAUCGAACCGGAGACCACAGAGGCCAAAGAGGGCGAGACGGAAGCAGAGGCCAAGCUGGCAAGCAGAAAAACUGGCGGGAUACUCAAAGGCGGACCCAGUCUGUAUCAAGUCGAUCCUAGCGGAAGUUAUUUUCCCUGGAAAGCAACGGCCAUCGGUAAGAGUGCGACGAGUGCAAAGACGUUCUUGGAGAAGAGAUACAAUGAUUCAUUGGAGCUCGAGGACGCCAUUCACAUUGCAUUAUUGACGCUGAAGGAAACCAUUGAAGGAGAAAUGAACGGAGACACAGUCGAGAUCGGUAUUGUUGGCGAGCCAGCGAACCAUCUACUCGGCUUUGAAGGUGUCGAGGGUGCUGUCGGUCCUCGCUUCCGCAAACUCACGAAGGACGAGAUUGAGGAUUACCUGACGAAUCUGUGAUCGAACCAGCUACGAGGUUUUGUCUCCUGAAGAUUGUAAUCUAGAAGAGGGAGCAUGUGCUUCUAUCUGCAUGGCUAUGGCGCACAAGGGCAGAUGGUCAAUCGGGCACAAAUCAAGCUCGUGUGGGUGGUCCAAGAGAAUAUCAAUCGAAAACGGCUGCUAGUCAGCUAGUCUGCUCACCGCAAUCGAAGGCUUCCUGGCUUCAGAUGUCGUUAUUCGGUCACUGUCUUAUGUCUUAGGUCAGGUCAGCU